AUUAUUUGCUGGUCCUUUGCACAAAAACAUUGGGACAACGAGAAAGCCUGUGAAAGUUGUGAUCACAGGACUACUGACGUCAUGGGCGGAAGUGCUAUACCCAGCCCAGUUCGUCCCUCAAGCGAUGUUUCUGUAGAUUCCCUUGGGGCUGGCGAGGUAUUUACGCUGGUGGUACAGCUAUAACAACCGUCUGUAGCUUAGCAGUUAACGACAACAAGGUGUAACCAUGGCCCUUCUGGAUCUAGCUAUGCAAGGGCUCUCUAUCUUUGGAUUUAUUCUAUUUUUCGUUCUGUGGCUUAUGCAUUUCAUGUCAAUCAUCUAUGUCCGACUCCAUCUCAAUAAGAAGACCAAUGACAAGCAGCCGUACAGUAAGCUGACAGGGGUGUCUCUACUGAAGCCUCUUAAAGGAGUCGACCCCAACCUCAUCAACAACCUGGAGACAUUCUUUGAGCUUGACUACCCCAAGUAUGAGAUCCUGAUGUGUGUCCAGGACCAUGAUGACCCAGCUGUUGAUGUGUGUAAAAAGCUCCUGGGCAAAUAUCCCAACGUUGAUGCUCGGUUAUUUAUAGGUGGGAAGAAAGUUGGCAUCAAUCCCAAGAUUAACAAUCUCAUGCCUGGCUAUGAGGUGGCUAAAUAUGACCUGGUGUGGAUCUGUGACAGUGGAAUUCGAGUGAAACAGGACACCCUGACUGACAUGGCCAACCAGAUGACUGAGAACGUGGGUUUGGUUCAUGGCCUUCCUUAUGUGGCCGACAGACAAGGCUUCGCCGCCACGCUGGAACAGGUGUACUUCGGCACGUCCCACCCACGCUCCUACAUCUCGGCCAACGUGGACGGUAUAAAGUGUGUGACAGGAAUGUCUUGCCUGAUGAGGAAAGAUGUCCUGGACCAGGCGGGCGGGCUCAUAGCCUUUGCUCAGUACAUCGCUGAGGACUACUUCAUGGCUAAGGCCAUAGCCGACAGGGGAUGGAAGUUCUCAAUGGCAACGCAGGUGGCCAUGCAGAACUCUGGGUCCUACUCCAUUGCUCAGUUUCAGUCCGCCUUCCUCAGGUGGGCAAAGCUUCGUAUCAACAUGCUCCCAGCCACCAUCUGUGAGCCCAUCUCGGAGUGUUUCGUGGCCAGCCUCAUCAUUGGCUGGGCGGCACAUCACAUGUUCCAUUGGGAUAUUAUGGUGUUCUUCAUGUGUCACUGCUUGGCCUGGUUCAUCGCUGACUACAUCCAGCUCAGAGGAGUCCAGGGCGGAGCGCCUGCCUUUUCCAAGUUGGACUACGCUGUGGCCUGGUUCAUCAGGGAGUCCAUGACAUCCAGAUCUUCCUGUCAGCCCUCUGGGACCCCCACUAUCAGCUGGCGUACGGGACGUUACCGGUUACGAUGUGGGGGUACGGCAGAGGAGGUCCUGGACGUAUAGCUGGCUUCCUGGGGUCCCAUCUGAAGCGAUGUGGAACCUGGGUCCCAUCUGAAGGGAUGUGGAACCUGGGUCCCAUCUGAAGGGAUGUGGAACCUGGGUCCCAUAGCCCCGGGCCAGAGACAAUACCAGGCCCUGACUGAACCGCACCCCAAACGGCUUCUUAGUCCCCAUAUAGUGGACUACUUCUGAUCAAGGCACAUGUAGUGUGCAAAAGUAGGGCACUAAAUAGGGAGUAGUGUUCCCUUUUGGAUGCAGUCCCAGAAAGAGAUGGUAACAAUGAGUGAUAGAUGGAAGAAAAUAUCGAAUUUCAUAUCGAAUUCAUUUAAAUGAAGAAGAAGAAAAAAAAAAGAAGAAAAAAAAAAAGGAAUUCUCUACUGUUUGACCAUUUUUUAACCUGUGUGUUAAUGUUUAGAUUAUUUAUGUUACUGGUGCAUUUUUCCCCCUUUUUAUUUUAAACUCUCGCUCUUAAGAUGGUCGUUCUCCCCUAACCAAGGAAGCAGAAGCCAGUUCUCUGUCCAGCCUGCGGUGGAGAGAGGGGUGAAUCCCCCAGGUCCAUCUUCAGUCAUCGUCUUUUUUUUAAAUGACAAUUGCUGAUGGUCCAAACGUAUGGAUUCUCUUUGUCAAUUAAAAUGUCUUACGGUCUGACUUUCAAGCACCAGGGUCUUUCUGCUCACUACACCCACGCUGAGAUUGCUGGGUGUUUUCAACAGGCUGUGUCCCAAAUGCUACCCAAUUAUCCAGAUGGAGUCCUGCUUCUGAGCGGGGCCUGGGGUGUGGCAUUUGGGACGCAUCCUCGGUCUGGAUGCUAUUGGUCUGAUCUGUGGUUAUCUGAGCCAAUUAGUUUACACCAUUGCGGUUGUGUAUUGUUUAUGUCUUGAGAGCCGGGGGGACAGAUCUUUCCUAACAGCGCUAUAACAUACUGGUCUGAAACCAUCCAUUUGCGUGUGGGUC